UCUAAAAUUAUUUACACGAGCAGUUGUCUGGAUUAGUUCAUGCACCAGAACUGUGACAACUCCACUCUAAUCUCUGUUUUCUAUCUGGAAUUUUUUUACUCCUCUUUUAGUCCUCCAUAACAUGACGUCGAAAGUAUCUCGUGACACUCUUUACGAGUGUGUGAACGCAGUGAUCCAGAGCUCCCAAGACAAGAAAAGAAAAUUCCUGGAGACAGUUGAGCUGCAGAUUGGCUUGAAGAAUUAUGAUCCCCAGAAGGACAAACGUUUUUCAGGCACCGUCAAACUGAAAAACAUCCCCAGACCGAAAAUGCAGGUGUGUAUUUUGGGAGAUCAACAGCAUUGCGACGAGGCAAAGACAAAUAAUGUACCCUUUAUGGACGCAGAGGCGCUGAAAAAAUUAAAUAAGAAUAAAAAGCUCGUGAAGAAGCUCGCAAAAAAAUUCGAUGCCUUCUUGGCCAGUGAAUCCCUCAUCAAGCAGAUACCUCGUCUCCUGGGUCCAGGGCUUAAUAAAGCUGGUAAAUUCCCCGGUUUACUCUCCCACCAGGAGUCGAUGCUCGGUAAAAUCGACGAAGUAAAGGCGACUAUUAAAUUCCAAAUGAAAAAAGUCCUGUGCCUCUCUGUGGCUGUUGGACACGUCGAGAUGACUCCAGACGAGCUCGUGCAGAACGUCCAUCUCUCGAUAAACUUUCUAGUCUCCCUUCUGAAGAAACACUGGCAAAACGUUCGCUCUCUCCACAUUAAAUCUUCUAUGGGACCUCCACAACGGCUGUACUAAACAUAUUCGACAUUUCCAUUCUGUGGAAAUAAAAAUUCAAACGAUCCAAUUCAACGAGGUAAUUACUAUUCAGUAGUGAAGUGUUAGAGCCGAAUGAAUUUUUGUAAUAUAUAUUCUGUCAAUAAAAUAAUCACAGAAUUAA